AUGGUUGGUCGUAUUGAUGAUGACGGAACGAUUCGAAAUUCAUUGUCGGUGAUGGUAGGUAAAAUUGAGAAGGAUGGCAUUGUCCGAGACUCAAUGUCUCGAGUCAUAGGCAGAAUCGAAAACGAUGGGACUAUACAAAACUCAAUAGGAAGUUUUAUUGGUAAAGUGGAAAGCAAUGGAACCGUCCUCAAUAGUCAACAUUCAACGAUUGGUAAAGUCGACGACGAUGGCACCAUUCACAAUGCCUCCACCAUGGUCAUUGCCAAAAGGAGUGGAGUACCAAAAACAUGGGCAGCAGUUGCAUUUCUUUUAUUCAACUUUAAUAUGAAAUAA